CCUCGGAGCAGCGGACUGCGUCACGUGUUUCUCUCCCGUACAAAUUUUCCAGUAGGAGAGCGAAUAGGAGCACAUCCAUAUCAGCAAUUAUCAGCGACGGUGACUAUCUCCAGAUAUACCGACAGGUAGAGAAACGCUGCAGUCAUCCUGGACCAAAAAAAACAACUUUGGUUUCAUUUAUCUUAGCUCAGUGCGCGCAACUUUUAUGCAUUAAAGUAAGAGAUUUUAGGGGAGGCUCCGCGGUGCUCCCUCGUCCGGCUCUGUCUGUGUGGAGUGCCUGCUGCGCUCCUCUGUUGAAGUUUGGACGGCUACAGGACCAAGCUGUUUUAUCACCGACCGUCCUUAUCUGGACAGGAAUCGCCACAAGAACUAUUAAAGUUAUUCAAAAAGGCGCAGGAUAAUUCCUCAGAAGAGGGUGGAAGAGUCUUUACGCGUGGACAGUAUCACCGCCGCAGGACUGAGGCAGACUAAGAAAUCAUCCCUAUCGGUUUUAUAUUCAAAACAGGAAACUUGUGAAAAUGUAUCAGAGCCUGGCCUUGUCCUCCAACCAGUCUCCUUACACGCAUGACACCGGGAACUACAUCCAUCCCUCGGCCAGCUCUCCGGUCUACGUCCCGACCACCAGAGUCCCAGCCAUGCUGCCCACCCUGCCCUACCUGCAGACUUGCGAGUCGCCCCACCAGUCCCAUGGCCUUGGUGGGCACCACGGCUGGCCCCAGACUGCUACGGACGGUUCCUCCUUCACGCCCAGUAGCCCUCACCCUCCACAUGGCUUCUCCUACUCACACAGCCCGCCAGUCAGCACCAACACCGGCAGGGACGCGACUUACCAGAGCCCGCUGGUUCUCGGAAAUGGCACUCGGGCCGAUCAGUAUGGAGGCGCUCUGGUGCGCUCCGUCGGAGGCUCCUAUUCCAGCCCCUACGCAUACAUGAGUCCAGAGAUGGCCACGUCCUCCUGGACGCCAGGACCCUUUGAGAGCGGUGUGAUCAGUCUGCAGGGCCGGCAGGGAUGUCUGUCUGGGAGAAGGUCCAGUCUGGAGCUGAUGGACGACAUGACCGCUGAGGGCAGAGAGUGCGUCAACUGCGGCUCCGUGUCCACGCCGCUGUGGCGCAGGGACGGCACCGGACACUACCUGUGCAACGCCUGCGGCCUCUACCACAAGAUGAACGGCAUCAACAGGCCGCUCAUCAAACCACAAAAACGUCUGCAGACCACGUCCCGCCGGGCUGGCCUGUGCUGCACCAACUGCCACACCAGCACCACCACACUGUGGAGGCGCAACGCAGAGGGAGAGCCUGUGUGUAAUGCCUGUGGCCUCUACAUGAAGCUGCACGGGGUGCCCAGACCUCUGGCCAUGAAGAAAGAGAGCAUUCAGACCAGGAAGCGCAAACCCAAGAUGCCCAAGAAUAAAACAUCCACAGGAGGAUCCACCACCUCUGACACCAGCUCCCCAGCCUCCCUCUCUGUCUCAGAACAUGCCUCCACCAUUAAGAGUGAGCCCAGCUUGGCCCCUUCACCCUACGCUGGACAGACAGUCACAUCCGCCACUCAGACGGCUUCUCAAUUAGACAGCACAGGCUCAGGACAUGUGGACAUUAAAUAUGAGGAUUAUCCCUUUACCCCUACCUCCAUGGCUCCACAGAACUCGUGGUGCGCUCUGACUCAAGCAUGAACAGCCACGACCGACACUGCCAAUCUGACACGACAGCUCGCUUUGACUUCAUCACGGGGGCCACCUCUCCAUCCUGUAACUGUCCCUCAUGACUGUGGAGCUGCAGAUACUUUAACGUCAUGAGAACGCAGGGUACCCAGACUGCAGUUACCCGGUUUUACAAAAGGACGAGUGUGCACUCUCUGACUCACUCAGCCGGAGCAAAGAACACAGCUGAAGCAGUACUGCCGCCAGCUCUCCUGAUCUGGAUUCCACAGUUACUUAGCAGGAUGGCAUCAACUACCUAUUGCUGUACUAUAAUAAAUCUCCUGUUUCUGGAGAAACACUUCAUCAAAUACACCAAUGCAAAGACAAUCAAGCAGAAUGUAAAAAGACGUGGCUACACUCUUUAUUGUGGCUGACAACUGAUUUCCUUGUUAGUUUUAUUAAGUUUUAGUUCAGUCUUCAUAGUUGCCAUUGCUUUCUGGGCAUGAAGGGAAACGCUUCAACAAGUAAAACAAGAAAAUGAACAGAAAAUACCUCUUUUAUGGUUGCUGAACAUGUCUCAUUACCAACACGUAGAUGAUUAACCUUUAUAGGCACAUUAUUUAUGUUGAGAUAAGGAUAGUUAAAAGUCAUUGUGGACAAUAAAACUAGCCUGUUAGAACCCACUGCUCACUGUUGUUGAAGGGCCGGUGUGUUGUAUGGCUUCUAUGUUAUGAUGCUGAGAUUAAAGGAGUGAUUUGACGUGGCAGAUAUAAACUACAGCUUGGAUGAUUCAUUGGUAAGUCAUGACCAGAACACAUAUCAGAAGUGUAUUAUUUUACUGCUUUAGCAUUUGACAUUAAUGAAAGUGCAAUGACUCCAUUUUUCCUUUCAAAAAAAGAAGGCAAAACAAAAUGUGUGAAAUUAUUAUAAACAUAAUCUAAUUUUAUUGUCUGUUUUUGUCGAUAUAUA